AUAACGACGGACCACCGCCCAGUAAUGGAAGAGCUCUCUGUCGACGCGCAAGAGAUACGUUCCAGAUGGGAUCUCUUCUCGCGGACCUGUCCGCGAGGACACGCGGACUUCACCUGACUUCGUCAUUAACCCUUUCGCUUUGUUUUUGACGAAAUGAUGAGUCGAUCACGACGAGGAGGUUGGAAAACUAAAGCCAGGCGACUUAAGAAGACCCUCUUGUCACAGAGGGGUCUUGACCCUUCAGUUUUUAAACACAAUCAGAUGCCUUUCAUCAACCAGCCGAUCAGCAAGCAUUUCUUUCUUUGCGACUAUUUGAAUCUCUCUUUCUCUGCAGCCGGUGAUGACUUGCAUGCCGCAUCAGGAUCUGCACAAUUGUGAUAUGUUACAAAAAAAAAUUAGUAGCUUUACAAAACUAUUUCAACAGAUCGUCUAGCUCGGCAAUAUAUCUUUUAAGAAUGGGAGCACAAAACGAAGAAUUGAUGAAAUAUAAUGGAGACACAUUCAGAAUUUGCAACAAACAGAUUUAUAACUAAAGAAGAUAAAAUUCACUGUGUAAAACAACGAGAACAAUUAACAGCAAAUCUCAAUGAUGUAUUAUUCGAUGGCCCUAGUAAGGUAGUGAAACAGUGGCAACCGUAUUAUGAAAUGCAGAUACAAUUAGAAAAUGGAAACAAUGAUAUUCUUCAAUAUUCAUCAAUAACAACGUCAGUCGUUAUAACGUCAGUCGAAAUAGUGAAUGUCGAAAGCGAUACAGAUAUUAAUACUGAACCACGUACGCUUGAAGAAAAAUUAGAAAGUGAGAUAAAUAAGAAAACUGAUGAGCUAACAGAUGUAGAAUGUUUAAAUAAUGAACAAGUCGUUAAAAUCAAUAUAAAAGGAAGGCCUACAAAAGGAAGACCUACUGAUACAAAAAGAAGGAGAACAACGAAAACAAUACAACAAAUUAAAAAAAAAAUCUGUUGCGUAGUGCAGUUUUAUAUAAAAUGUAGUAUAAUGCAGAAUAAACGCACAAUUUUUGUUCAAAUUGUUUUGAAACAAAGUAUAUACAUGCGCAUAAAACUAUGUACAAAAUGAAGGAGUAAGAAUAAAUAUUAAAUAUUAAUGUAAAGAAAUGAGAAAUAGAGGUUACAUAAUGUACAAUAAA